CUCGACAGCGUUAGGCGGCGACUAGUCCUCGUCGGGGUCUCUGCCUGCUGCUAUUUUGCGCCGUCCCCUCCGCCCCUUGGUGGAGCUCCUCGCAUCGCUGCCUCCUCUAGGGGUUCGCCCAGGCCCCGCUCCAAUCGACCCCCUUGGUUCUGUUCAUCGAAUCUUCCCCUUUUCGCACCAACCUCUCUUCGCCCUUGCUCUGGAAUGGCGCCAGAUCGGUUGUUCCUGGCGGGAGCUGCGGUCUUCGGUGAUCUAUAAACGGAGAAAGGAGGCGUCUUUGCGCUUCUAGCGGUGUCUCUUGGAUCGGGUGAUGGAGGGGAGUGCGGCUUUAGGCUUGCAAUCCUGUCCUUGGAUCGGUCCGGACAAGGUCGGACGGAAAGGAAGCAGUUUCGUAAGGCUUCCGAACCGAUGCUUGGAGGAGCGCAGGGUUUCCACGGUUCGAUUUGGGGAUCCGCGGCGGAGCAGAACUUUGUUUCGUCCAGGACAAGCUGAGCCAAAGAUUUCUUGUAGUUAUAAGAAGGCCCCAGGGGCGGAGAACAUCCAUAACUCAUUUGAUGAAGCUCUCAUACUAAAGAGAAAGUCGGAAGAAGUUCUCCCCUACUUGAAUGGGCGUUGCAUCUAUCUAGUUGGAAUGAUGGGUUCUGGUAAGAGUACGGUAGGAAAGAUUUUAUCAGAGGUGCUAUGCUAUUCUUUCUUUGACAGUGACAAAUUGGUUGAACAGGCAGUUGGUGUAUCUUCUGUUGCCCAGAUAUUUAAGGACUAUAGUGAAGCCUUCUUCAGAGACAAUGAGAGUGAAGUUCUAAAGGACUUGUCUUCAAUGCGCCGUUUGGUUGUUGCGACUGGUGGUGGUGCUGUAAUUCGUCCAAUUAAUUGGAAAUAUAUGAAGCAGGGGAUAACAGUCUGGCUCGAUGUUCCUCUGGAUGCUCUGGCUCGGCGGAUUGCUGCUGUAGGGACUGCUUCUCGCCCCCUUCUGCAUCAAGAACCUGGUGAUCCUUACACCAAGGCCUUUGCGAAGCUCACUGCACUGUCUGAGGAAAGAGGCACGGCAUAUGCCAAUGCUGUUGCAAGAGUAUCCCUUGAAGAUAUGGCAGCUAAGAAGGGCCACGAGGAUGUUUCAGCACUUACCCCAACCGAUAUUGCCUUUGAGGCCCUGAUAAAGAUUGAGAGCUAUGUUAGUGAGACUGCAGCUGUUUUGAACCGCAGUUGCAUCCAGGGAAGGAAAAGCUAAUACCUACCUGAGUUCUUGAAUUGUUCUUUUUAUGUAUUGUGUAAUCAUCUGUUCCUUCAAAUUAAGUACCUGCUAAGCCAAAGUCUUGUCGAUGAGGAUACAAUUGCUUCUAGUCCAAAAUACACAACAAUGUUUGCAUGGAAAGAUGCUAUAUUUUCCUUUUAUUUAAAUAGAUUUCUUGGUGUA